AUGAACACGAAGAACAACCUUGUGGACGUAUCACCAUUCUUGCUUUUCGAAGCAUCUGCAGAUUCGGAGACCCGUCAAGAAUGUGGCCACGAAAGCGGUGAUGAUAAAGGCCAUGAAGAAUAUGCGAAGGAUGCUGAGUCCACGAGUCAGAAGACAAGUAGUGGGUCAACUGGUUCUGACUCGGUGGAGAAUAUGGAUGAAGAAGAAGAUGUAGUCGCCGGAGAGAAAGAGGAGAGCGAUGACGGAGACGGAGAGGUGAAUAGUUAUCGGAGGUGGCCGGAGAUGAGCGACUGUGAAAAGCGGACCGUUGGUUCGUCUUCGACGGGAAAUGACGAGAGGUUGUUGAGUGAGAUUGAAAAAAACCGAAGGUUUUGGGACUCUUGCUUGGCUUCUUAA